UCCUGGUGAUAUGAAAUUACUUAGUCAGACUGAGGAGAUCAAGACACUUUUCAUAUUUAAAACCUUGUAAUUUUUUGUUAGCUUAGAAGAGCAAAACUUCUCAAGUUCUUGAGAAAUGGCUUUAGAGACAUGUGGAAACUGUUUGAGUUGUCUGCUGAUACCUCUUGCACUUUGGAGCAUUGUUGUUAACAUCCUAUUGUACUUCCCUAAUGGGAAAGCUUCACAUGCUGCCAGUUACCAGCUUCCCAACUACGUGUGGUAUUUUGAAGGGGUCUGUUUCUCAGGUGUGAUGAUCCUUCUGUUGGCAGUAAUUCUAAUAACGCUGGAGUGUAGUGUGUUCUAUCGGUGCUGCCAGAGCGAGAGCUGUAACAAAACCUACAGGAGUUUUAUUUCAAUUGUGCUAGCCCUGCUUGGAGUUGCUUUCUCUGGAUACAGUUGCAUCAUUUUUACCGUGGGAUUGAUUCAAGGCCCCUUCUGCAAUUCAUCAGGUGGAUGGGAUUAUAUCUUCAAAGACACUGCUGGAAGGUACCUCACAGAUUACCCUGCCUGGUCUCGGUGCACUGAACCUGCUAACAUAGUGGAGUGGAACACCAUUUUAUUCUCUAUUCUGAUAGCUCUUAGUGGACUACAGUUGAUCAUCUGUGUUCUCAAAGUGACUGCUGAGUUAAAGCGAACACUCUGUGGGACCUAUUCUGUUUUUGUUCAGGCCCGGCUUCUCUGAAAAUGGCAAGGAAAUCUUCGCUGCUUCGCCCCCGUCCCCCAGAAAACGAGAGAAAUGGCUUCUCCAGCAUUUACAAUGGUAGAUUUGGGUGCU